AUGGCAGAUCAAGAAAUGCCCACUUUCAAGCUCGUGCUUGUCGGCGACGGUGGUGUCGGCAAGACAACCUUUGUCAAGCGCCACUUGACUGGUGAGUUCGAGAAGAAAUACGUCGCCACAUUGGGAGUCGAAGUUCACCCCCUCGUCUUCCACACCAACCGUGGCCCCCUUCGCUUCAACGUCUGGGACACUGCUGGCCAGGAGAAGUUCGGCGGUCUUCGGGACGGAUACUAUAUUCAGGGACAAUGUGCGAUCGUCAUGUUCGACGUCACCUCCCGUGUGACUUACAAAAACGUGCCCAACUGGCACAGAGAUCUCACCCGAGUAUGCGAAAAUAUCCCCAUCGUCCUCACUGGCAACAAGGUCGACAUCAAGGACAGAAAAGUCAAGGCUAAGUCGAUCGUCUUCCACCGAAAGAAAAAUCUCCAAUACUAUGACAUCUCAGCGAAGUCAAACUACAACUUCGAGAAGCCCUUCUUGUGGCUCGCUCGAAAGCUCGUCGGAGAUCCCAACCUCGAAUUCGUCGCUGCGCCAGCUCUCGCGCCACCAGAAGUGCAGAUGGAUCCUCAGAUGAUCAAGGCCUACGAGGAUGAGCUCAAGAAGGCUUCCGAGUCUGCCCUUCCCGAUGAAGACGACGAUUUGUAA